GCGAUACACGCCCGCUGCACGAAACGUGCGAUUCGCUUUCUCAUAUCUUUUUAAAGUACCUCCUUGUGUGAAUUGUUCACAUUGCCAGAAUUCCCCACCAACUGGGAUUCUGACAAGGAAUUGAUGAAAAUUCCUUGGAUGGUGAUGAUACUUCACUCCUAAUUACUGUCCUCGUCUCUCUCUUUUUUUUUAAAGGGAUGGGAGUUGGUGUGCGCCCCGUCUGAUCCGUGUAAUUAACUUCGUCGCUAAUUACCGACUGCCGAGCGGCGUGCUCACAACCUGGCCCGCGGAAAGGUUACGCACCAGACCGAGCAGGAAUGAUUCGGUGUGAUGGCUGGAGGAUAGCAGUAAUCGUAACUGGAACAAUUUCUGCGUCUGUCCACGAUCGGGGAUUCAUACUUCAAGAAUCUCAGGCAAGGUUGGGAACUAGUCGUGUUCUCAGGUUUUGGCGGGGUUUUAAUUUGCAGUAGACGAGCCCACGGUCUUCGUUGGCAUAUGAGCUCGGGACACACUCGUUAGUUUGUCAGCUGAGAGGCGUGUAGUCAGCUGCGUUACUUGCAAGUGCCAUCUCCGACAAGUUCCGGCGUCUGGUUACACAAGGGACACGGGUAAUUGGCAGAGAUGGACGGAUAGAUUGGCCACCAGAAUGGGCGUGUCGCUUUCCCUUACUGCAACCAAAUCCAUAAGAUGUCGCCGUGUAGAGUUCUUAAUAACCUUAUUAUAUCGGCAUAUUUUUUGUCAUUUCAUGCUUUGACAGGAUUCAUUAUUUAGGUGCUUUUGGAGUUGAAAUUUCCACGAGUCAAUCUGUAUUUUACAGCCUGUGCUUGCUCACACAGAAACAGGAGUUCCUCAUCAAAUAAUUCUUUGAAGAUAAGCCUUCAACUUUUAUUUCUUCAAGAAACUGGUGGACACGAAGGAGAUGCGAACUGAUUUUCGAAUAUGGGAAUGAUCUGGAUUGAUGUCGUUAUGAAUUGAAUGACAACAGAGCCACCUUUGGUGCGAUUACUACCGGCAAAAUCAGUUUCUUCGUGUAAAACAGACGUGAAGAUGCUUUGAACGGUGUUCCUUUCCCGAGAGCUAAAUUUUGUUUGUCGUUGGAGGCACUUGCUGGGCAAACAGUUGUACCGAGGAUUGCGUGGUAUUUUGUAUAUUUGGUUACCAUGGAAAUACCACAGUGGAUAGCUUUAACCUGUCUCCUCCUCAUGUAUAUUCUGGAAGGCGUUGUCACAUCUGAGAGGCGUGUUUUCCCGUCAGUCAUAAAAGUUGGUGUAAUAUUAGAACAGCCGUCGUCAGAUGAGGACGAGAUGAUUCGACUCUCAUUCCAACAUAUAAACCAAAACGGGAACAUCUUACCGUCAACCCGAUUGGAUUAUACCGUGGCAAGGAUAGCCUCCACAGAUCCCUUUGCAGCCGUUAAAGCAGCAUGCUCAAUGUUAAAUACAACUGUCGCUGCACUUGUGUCUUCUACAAGCUGCGAGACGAGCCUAGCUCUCCAGUCGCUGGCGAAUUCUUUCGAUGUGCCCCACAUUAUUGUGCCCGGCGAGGAAUGCCUCUCGGAAAAGCAUAACAGUUUUACGGUUAACGUGCGACCAAGUCAAGUCUACCUGAGCGAAGCGGUUCUGGACUUGGUAUGGUGGCUGAAAUGGAAGAGUGUCUCUAUGUUCUACGAUUCAGAGAGCGCCUAUAAGAACGUGCAGCAGUUCCUGCAUCUGGCGGCGCAAUCGGAGGAGCGCAAGCCGCUGGAGGUGACGCUGUACCGGGUGGACGAUAGGGACCCGGCCAGCGGCGCGCUUGGGAUGAUUAACAUCUUGCACAAAGCUAAGGAUUCGGACGUCCAACACAUGAUCACCUUCUGCGACAGAGCCCAGAGCAUGAGGCUGAUUAGACAGGCUGCACGUUUUGGGAUGGCCGUGGGGAAAUACCAAUGGAUUAUUACAACACAGGACUGGGACAUGAUGGGAGAUGGCGAGCCGGGGAGCUUCACGACGGCUGGCGGGGACAUCUCUGAGGAAGAGGGCAUGAGAUUCCUCAAUGGCUCCGAGGGCAUCAUCACCUUGAUGAAGCAACAGGUCAAAGUUCAGACCCACCCUCUGCAGUUCUACAGCGCCUGGCAGAUGCUCUACCCGGACAUCGACAGGGAAGAGGACGCUAACUCCACUUACUUGUCGCCGGGGUAUCUCAACACGAUCCAGUUCAAAGCAGCCUAUAUGUACGACGCCGUACGAGUAUUGGCAGUUGCCUUGAACGAACAGGUUGAGCGAGACAAGUACAUUGAACCCGAGAUACAGCAUUGCUAUGACAACAAACCCAAAUCAUGGAAAGGGGGCAUUCGCCUCCGGAAGAUGCUGCACAGGACGGAAACAACUGGGCUGAUGGGACGGAUGCGGUUUAAUCACAGUAGUCUGAAUGAUGAGAUAGCGGUGGAUGUCAUUACCUUAGAAAGUGGCCGUAACCAGACCAAGGCAUGGAAGAUUGGCGGCUGGGAUCCGGAAAAUCGUCUAAAUUUGGUCAAAACACCCUUUUCAAGAGGUUUUGCUGCUUUUAUCAGUAACAACACCACAUUUCGCAUUGUAACCGUUGUGGAGGCGCCGUUCGUUAAUCGGGACGAGACAGUGAAUGGGUACAAGUACUCGGGGUUUUGCAUCGACAUGUUAGAACUAAUCGCCAAGGAGUUGAACCUGAAGUAUGAGUUGUACCUUGUACCAGAUGGAAACUACGGAGGAAAGAACGACGACGGGACGUGGAAUGGCCUGAUUGGGGAAGUUUAUUAUGGUAGGGCGGACCUAGCGGUGGCCGGCAUGGUCAUCAACUCCGACCGCGAGGAAGUGGUGGACUUCACCAAGCCCUUCAUGAACUACGGCGUUGGGAUCCUCAUGCAAAAGCCCAAGAAGAAGGCCAACAUCUUCGCCUUCCUGGAGCCGCUCCACAUCAAGGUCUGGGGCUGCGUGCUGGCCUCCCUCUUCGUGGUCGGGGUGCUGAUCUACAUCGUGGACCGGCUCAGCCCUUACAGCAGUUUCCGGCGGGAGAACAGUCCCAACCCGGAAGCCUUCGACUUGAAGAACAGCAUGUGGUUUGCCUUCGCUUCCUGCAUGCAACAGGGCGGCGACACCUCCCCGCUGUCCAUUUCUGGUCGUGUCCUGAGCGCGUUCUGGUGGUUCUUCGCCCUCAUCAUCACCGCUACGUACACCGCCAACCUGGCCGCCUUCCUGACCGUCACCCGCAUGGAGAACCCCAUCAACUCUCUAGAGGAUUUGGCCACGCAGAAAACCGUGGUCUACGGCACCAUCCUUAACAGCAGCCUGCAUGACUUCUUCGAGAAGCGAAAGAAUCAGGGUAUCUACGAAAAGAUGUGGAACUUCAUGUCCACCUCCAAGAUCGACCCCUGGGUGCCCAACGCCGAGGCGGGGUACAAGCGCGUCCAGACAGAGGACUACGCCUUCUUUUGGGACGCGCCGAUCCUAGACUACAUCAAGCAGGAGGAGUGUGACGUCAUGACUGUGGGCAAGCCCUUCAACCUGAAGGGAUACGGCAUUGCUACGCCGCGGGGGGUUCCAUGGAGAGACGAGAUAUCAAUGGUAAUCUUAAAAAUGCAAGAGAGGGGCGAACUAGAAGAACUCCGUAAGAAGUGGUUCGACCGGGAAUCCAGCUGCCUGGAUGAGACGGACAGCAUGAAUACGAAACAUCGCGCCGCCCGGGCCGACAUCAACCUGGACCAGAUUGCCGGCGCCUUCUACGUCCUGAUCAUUGGGGCCGUGUUGUCCUUUGUGGUGGUCAUUGUGGAGCACGUUUGGCACAAGCCGUCCUUCUACAAGAAGCGGGAAAAGGAGACGGGAAGGACCACAUUGGACUGGUCAGACAAACUCCCUCCACGGGAAACGAGAAACAAUGGUCUUUCUAACAUUGAAAAUUGUUCUUCCAAUAAGCAUUUAGUUGUUCAAGAGAAUGACUCUUUUGCGUUAACACCUUUGAGACCAAACCCAUGGAGCACAACGACAAUUCUUUCUGUCCCCCCUGAAGCGACAGAAAACUCUUGCUAGUGCCCGGGCGGAAAAAAUCAGGAGAAACAUGGAAAUGGCAAGGAAUCAUACCAGAAAUGGUGUGGUACUGCAUGGAACAGCAUGGAAAAACUUGGAAUGGGCUGAAUCAGCAAGCUGAUAACUGAAGACAGGACAGGAGGUGGAAAUCCAAACUUUGAGGUGUUUCUAGUAGUUUGUAAAAUCCUGGCCUUUUCGAGGGAGACUUGGCAGCAAAUGGAAGCUUUCAAUGGAAAAGCAUGCCUGGCAAGAGUGCAAAAAGUUCUAAGUCAAGUUUUAAAUCAAGUGGAAGUUGAAUAUGAACAGCUAUCGGAAUUAUUGCAAUGAGUCCUGGACUUUUUGCCGACACCACAGGAUCUAAAGAACAAAGACAAUGUUUACUAGAUUAAUUUUUGAGAUAAACGAAGUACUCUACUUAAAACACCAGCAGCGAUGAUGUGUGGGUAAAUUUAUUGUAGAGAAUGGUUUGUAUGAGGAAUAAUUUCAAAAAUUGCUUUUAGUGUUUUCCAUAACGGAAUACAUUAUCACAUCCGUAGAUGAAAUCUGUAAGUUAUCAAUUGUUAUAUCCACUGAUGAAAUCUGUCUGUUAUCAAUUUCUGAAAACUCCGGUCCUGCUAGUGUCAUUUGAAAGUUGGAAUGCUUGGACCAAGUUAGAUGGUACCCAUCGAUGGGUAGAGCUGUGGAUCUGUAUCCUUCAUUAAAAGUAUGUCAAGACAGCGUGCAAACUAUGACCCGGACAUCAGGUCACGAAGCCACAGCUUGAUAUUGAAGGUGAGACUGAAUUUUGAAGAAGUUUGCAAAAAAAGUCUUUUGGGUCAAAUGGUAGUAGAAAUACAAGGUUUUUAAUGACUCAGUAUGUUUACCAGAGAAAACGAUUGAAAUAGAUUAGUGCUGCAUUAUUCCUGGCUGAAUUUUGCUUAUCAAAUAUGCCUAUCAACAUUUUUUGCUAAGAAACAAAAAGGGGGCCAAUUGUCAGGACAGUCAGUGGAGAAAAGUUAACACAAACGAUAUUGGGAAUGAUUUUAGAUUUUAUAAAAGUGUGAAGUUUAUUUUCUUUUUUGAUAUGUUUUAUCCCAGUAGUAAAGCUUGACGAACAUUUUUAAAUAAGUAAGCCGUGCUCAACAAAUGAAACAAUCUCUGUAAACAAAUUAAUAAGGAUUACAAGUUAUCUAAACUCUUAACACUCCAAAGGCUGGUGUAAUCUAAAACCUUUGAUGGGUUUUGGUGGAUCCAGUAAGGACAGACCUGGUUGUAUGACUUUACAUGGGUCUUGAUGUCCACAAUUGGUAUUAUGUGGGUGACACAGGUGGCUAAUGCACGAAGCACUUGCCUAUCACCACGGUGGCCUCGGUUCGAUUCCCAGCACGGCCAUAUGUGAGUAGAUUUGCUCGAUGGUUUCCCCUGUGCAAGGAGGAUUUUUCUUAGGGUUCUCCAAUAUACCUCUCUCCCCGAAAAUCAACAUUUGUGAUCUGUGGUUGUGCUCCGGUCAGAUAUGGGUCAUUUGGCAGCUGCCUAAGGUACCUCGACAUGCCUUCGGCUCAACCAACUCACUGUAACUGCGUCCUUCAUUAAUAUGCGACUGCACGGAUUAGCCCCAGUAAGUGAAUACAACAUUAAAUGGUGUACUUUUCCAUUAUUGUAAAAACUGAAUUUGGGCAAUAUCCUCGAAAAAAAGCUUAGAGGGUUACGGUUUACCAUUGAAUUGCUGUAUUAAAGUAUUCAAGGGCUUAGAAAUUACGUAACGUUAGGGAAGGUAUUUACGUAAUAUUAAUUUCACAAGAGCCAGUUUUGAUACAGAUGUAAAAAGAAGUUAAGAGUAAAUGCAUAGAAACGUGCUGGGCAUGCUAUGAACAAUAUUUAUAUCGAUAAUGUAUUUACCAAUAUGGAUUUAUGUUGAUGUAAAUAGAGAUCAAUUGAAAUGCGAAGGAUUAUUUUUCUUGGUUUGACGUCUUCUCAUGUUUAGUGGAGGUGCUGUUUCGUAAGUUUAAAAAAAUGCAUUAUACUUAUCAAAUUACUUAAGAAUCAGAUCUAAUUUCAGAAUCUUAUCAGACAAAGUGUGGAUUGGUUGGAUGACGAAAAAUAAUUUUAAAAAUAAUUGGAUUUAACUGUCAGCAAACGGUAAUAGCUGGGAAUUCAGAGGAGUUAC